UUCCAGUAAAUGUGAACCACUCACACCUGGCCAGUGGUAGGGGUGUGGGGCGGACCCCAGCGCUCCCUGGCGGCCUCGGGGGGCCCGGCGGCUCCUCCCCACUGGCGGCGGAGAGAGACGGGGCGGGGCACGAAGCCCCAGUCCAGCCGGGCCCAGCCCAGUCCUCGCCAGCGCCCGGAGGCCCAGGCGGAUCUCAAGGUCCGGAACAGCGCAGGUCCCAGAAGCUGGGGUUUCCCCUCAGCCCUUGAGUGGCCAUGUCCCAUCCCACUGCCCCACCUCCCUAUGAGGACCACAACCCCCUGUACCCUGGCCCUCCACGACCCGGGGGCUACGGACAGCCGUCUGUCCUGCCAGGUGGUUAUCCCGCCUACCCCACCUACCCUCAACCUGGUUAUGGUCAUCCUGCUGGCUACCCACAGCCAGUUCCUCCUGUCCAUCCAAUGCCCAUGAACUACGGCCAUGAUUAUAGUGAAGAGGAGAGAGCAGGAAGCGACAGCUUUGGAGAAUGGGAUAACCGGAAAGUCCGACAUACCUUCAUUCAAAAGGUGUACUGCAUCAUUUCCGUCCAGCUGCUCAUCACUGUGGCCAUCAUUGCUAUCUUCACCUUUGUGGAACCAGUCAGCGAAUAUGUGAGGAACAAUGUGGCUGUGUACUACGUGUCCUACGCUGUCUUCCUUGCCACCUACCUGAUCCUUGCCUGCUGCCAGGGACCUAGGCGCCGAUUCCCAUGGAACAUCAUCCUGCUCACCGUCUUUACUCUGGCUUUAGGCUUUAUGACAGGCACUAUUUCCAGUAUGUAUGAAACCAAAGCUGUCAUCAUAGCAAUGAUCAUCACUGCUGUGGUAGCCAUUGCUGUCACCAUCUUCUGCUUUCAGACUAAGGUGGACUUCACCUCGUGUACAGGCCUCUUCUGUGUGCUGGGAAUAGUGCUGAUGGUGACCGGUAUUGUCACAAGCAUAGUGCUGCUCUUUCGAUAUAUUUACUGGCUCCACAUGGUCUAUGCAGCUCUGGGGGCCAUCUGUUUCACCCUGUUCCUGGCUUAUGACACGCAGGUGGUCCUGGGGAACCGGAAGCAUACCAUCAGCCCAGAGGACUACAUCACUGGCGCCCUACAGAUCUACACAGAUAUAGUCUACAUCUUUACCUUUGUGCUCCAGCUUGUAGGAAAUAGAGACUGAGAGAAAGAGAGAGAGAGAGAGAGAGAGAUCCCUUUCAUUGGCUUGGGACUCACCCCUUCCUACUGGGCAGGGCCCUAGGUCCCAUCUCCCCUCAAGUAAUCUGCUCAGUUUCCUCUCUGUCCUGGGGAUGGGAGGGCCUCUGGCUGUGUCUUGUGAGAGCCAUGAUGCUAGAGUUACUGGCACCUCUUGCCUUUGGUGGGCUUGGCAAGAACUAGUCUGAAGGUUUAUCUCCUUCCCUUUACCCAUGAUGAGUAUGCACCAAGCUUUUCAUAUGUGUUGUGUGUGUGUGCGUGUGUGGGGAGGGGGAGUAGGGAGCCUGUGAACACAGGAGCUCUGAGGCUCCCCUCCCACCUAGGCCACAAGGUUCUAGGCUAGGAGCUGGAGCUCUUCCUCUCCUGGAUCCAAUAAAGCCAGAUGCUUUGACUCCAGCUCCAGUGCUCAUAGGCCACUUAAGCUGUCUGAAGUCUUUAGGCUUGGCAUCUCUUAGCUUGAGAAGCUAGAAGAGAUCUGUGCCCUGGGGUUUCUCUGUUCCAACCCCCACCUUCCAGUAACAUGUAUCAAUAUUAUUUAUCUGGGCUAGGGGCAAAGACAGUGAGCAAAGUUCAUUCAGUGUGGGGGGCUAACACAGAAUAGCAUCCACCCUGGCUGGCACCCAUCUUGGCUACCAUCCAGACCCAAAGUGCUUGGGGCCUCCUGAGGCUUUUAAAAUCUGACCUGGAGGGACCUCCUACUUUGCUCUGACACACAGAGGUGGAGGUCAGCAAGUGAGGUGGAUUGUGGGAGCCUGGGUGUGGCUGGGAAGCAGUCUGGGUGAGAGAUGAGUGGGGACAGGAAAAGUGCCUUGGGUACCCUCUCUGGUUUGAGAAACACUGAAGUCUACUCUGGUACACAAGUUCAAUCUGUUCUGUAUUCCCACUGGGAGAUUUUAGACUAAAACCCCUAGCAAUCCAAGUGCCUUCUAUGUAAUCCAAGUGCCUCCAGCUGGUAGCAGGUUGGGGACAGAAGCCAGUUUAUCAGGUGGGGUAGAAACCUUACUAGCCCAAGGACAUAGUUAGAGCUAUUCUGUCCAGUACUUGACUCUGAAUAUACCACAAAGGGACACAACUAGAAACGUAAUAAAGUUUUAUGUUUGGCAGUAAGA